CUGCUGAGGUCAAACCAGAGAAAAAAAGAGAAAUUUCCUAAUAGUACAGAAACCAUCUCAACAGAGCAUUUCUGGUAAACUCAUGUCAGCCCUUGUUGUCGCUUCAAAUCAGGUCUGGUUUCCAGAACAGCUCUCACUGUGGUGAUUGGUGUUUUGGGUGUUAUUUUCAUGGCUGCUCAUCAACUUCCACCUCCACAGGGUUCUGCUCUUCCUGAUGAUCCUCCUAUUACUUCACCAAGAAUUAGAUUGAAAGAUGGAAGAUUUUUGGCUUAUAAAGAAAAGGGUGUCCCCAAAAACAGAUCAACCUACAGAAUCAUUAUAGUUCAUGGCUUUGGAAGCUCUAAAGAAAUGAGCUUUUUAGCUCCCCAAGAGCUGAUAGAGGAGCUGGGUAUAUAUUUCCUGUUAUAUGACCGAGCGGGGUAUGGAGAAAGCGAUCCAAACCCGACACAUUCAGUCAAGAGCGAAGCACUAGACAUCCAAGAACUAGCUGAUCAGCUACAAAUAGGGUCCAAAUUUUAUGUGAUUGGAGUCUCAAUGGGGUCAUAUCCCACUUGGAGUUGCCUCAAAUACAUACCAGACAGGUUAUCAGGUGUGGCUUUUAUUGUCCCAGUUGUGAAUUAUAAGUGGCCUUCAUUUCCUCACAAGCUGAUCAGAGAUGACUAUAGGCGAAAAGUUGUUCAAUGUGGACUUUGGAUGGCAAACCAUGCCCCUGGGUUACUAUAUUGGUUGGUGACUCAAAAAUGGUUACCUACAACUUCUUCUGUUAUGAACAAAAAGCCUGUACUGUUCAACAGCAGAGAUAUCGAUGCCCUCAAAACAACCAAGGGAUUUCCAAUGCUCACACCGGAGAAGUUACAACAUAAAGGUGUUUUCGAUACUCUUCGUGAGGAUUUUGUGGCUGCUUAUGGCGAAUGGGAGUUCGAUCCAAUGGAGCUAAGAAAUCCAUUUCCUGAUCAGAACCAAAGCUCUGUCCACAUUUGGCAAGGUUAUGAGGAUAAGGUGGUGCCAUAUGAGCUACAAAGAUAUGUUUCAAGUAAGUUGCCUUGGAUAAAGUAUCAUGAGGUUGCUGAUGGUGGCCAUUUGAUUGUGCAUUAUAAUGGUUUGUGUGAAGCAAUUUUGAGAGCACUUUUGCUUGGUGAAGAGCCUCUUGAGUAUAGACCUAACAUACCCAAAGUUGUAGUUUAGUCAUAGGAAUCUUCUUCUCAUUGUCAAAACUAUUGAUUGUGAUUUAUUUUUUCUUAUUCUUUGAUUUUAAAAAAAAAAAGGAAAAGAAAAGUUUGUUGGUUGUGCAUAUUAUUAUUGAUAGAUUUUAUUGUAAAAUUGUACAUUGUGUUAGUUGUUUAACAAUUCAGAGAAAGAAAUUGGUUAUUGGUUUCA